GGGAGCUUUGCUCUGCUUUGCGGGCCAUAUACAGGCUGCUGUGUGUCGUCCGUCAACUUUGGAAGCCAGGUCCAGUUCAAAGACUCAACAUCCUUCCAGAAGCUUUCCUCCCGUGAUAUCUACUGUGGUAUCGCGAAGCAUCUGGUCACCAUGUCGUUAAAUAUUCCCAACGCCCCCAACGCCGGGCUGUUCAAGGGCGGCUACAACAGCUACGAUUCCGAGGAUGGCGCCGUCCUCAGAAACAUUGAUGCCUGCCGGGCCAUCGCCUCCACCGUCCAGACCUCUCUGGGUCCCUACGGCCGCAACAAGAUCGUCAUCAACCAUCUCCAGAAGAUGAUCCUCACCUCGGAUGCCGCCACCAUCCUCAAGGAGCUCGAUGUCGUUCACCCCGCGGCUAAGCUUCUGGUCAUGGCCAGUCAGCAGCAAGAGGCCGAGAUGGGAGAUGCCACCAACUUUGUCAUCGUCCUUGCCGGUGAGCUUCUGAAGAAGGCCGAGGACUUGCUGCGCAUGGGCCUCAAGACCGCCGACAUCGUCCAGGGCUACGAGCGUGCUCAGCAAUUCGCCCUCGAGGCUUUGGAGGAGCUCGUCGUUGACAAGGUCGACGACAUCAGAGAUCAAGAGGAACUGAGCAAGGCCAUCCGAACAGUCAUUGCUAGCAAGCAAAACGGAAACGAGGACUUCUUGGCCGAUCUCGUCGCCGAGGCCGUCCUUGCCGUCCUGCCCAAGAACCCCGCCGGCUUCAACGUCGACAACAUCCGCGUCGUCAAGAUCAUGGGCGGUGCCUUGGAGCAGAGCAGAGUCGUCAAGGGUAUGGUCUUCCCCAAGGAGCCCGAUGGUUCCGUCAAGAAGGUCAAGAAGGCCAAGGUCGGUGUCUUCUCCUGCCCCAUCGAUACCAGCCAGACAGAAACCAAGGGCACCGUGCUACUUCAUAACGCCAAGGAGAUGAUGGACUUCACCAAGGGCGAAGAGGCCCAGCUCGAUGCCGCCAUCAAGGAGCUGCACGAUGUCGGCUUGCGUGUUGUCAUUGCCGGCUCCACCGUCGGAGAGCUUGCCAUGCACUACCUCAACCGCUAUGGCAUCCUUGUCAUCAAGAUUCUUAGCAAGUUUGAGCUUCGCAGAAUAUGCCGAGUUGUCGGCGCCACUCCUCUGGCCAGGUUAGGCGCUCCCAUGCCUGAUGAGAUGGGAUCUGUUGACGUUGUCGAGACUUUGGAGAUCGGUGGUGACCGUGUGACCGUAUUCAGACAAGAAGACGAGGUGACACGGACAGCAACCAUUGUCCUCCGUGGAGCCACCCAAAACCACUUGGAUGAUGUUGAGCGUGCCGUGGACGACGGCGUCAACGUCGUCAAGGCUAUCACAAGGGACCCUCGAUUGGUGCCUGGUGCUGGUGCUGCAGAGACACAAUUGGUAGAACGGAUACAGGCAUUUGGAGACAAGACCCCUGGCCUGGCUCAAUACUCCAUCCGGAAGUAUGGCGAGGCCUUCGAAGUUAUUCCCAGAACCUUGGCUGAGAGUGCUGGUCUUGAUGCCACUGAGGUUCUCAGCAGAUUGUACACCGCGCACCACAAGAAGGACGACUGGAAGACCGGCGUUGACAUUGAGAACGAUGACGGCACUGGCACAUUGGAUGCAAACGAUGAAGGUAUUCUUGACUUGAUGGUCACCAAGGCCUGGGCUAUUAAGAUGGCUACGGAGGCAGUGCGCACAAUCCUGUCUGUGGAUCAGAUUAUUGUGGCAAGACAGGCUGGUGGGCCGAAGCCUCCCGGUCCCAACCCCAACUGGGACGACGACUGAAGAACUAAUGAAGUAACGAAAAGAUAAAGAAAGGCUUGUCGGCGCGUCGAAACUUGAUUCUAGAAGGGGAGUCCUGUGUGGCUGGCGUUGUACAAGUCGAUAGACGGUUUACCAAAAUACCACUUGUGUCCAUUCUGAGCAAUAUAAACUCACUAACACAUUUGAGAUGAUAGCCAUGACUCGCAUCGGCUC